AUGACAGGCACUGGUCAUUCCACAAUCAAAGCGGAACCCAACACUUUAGCAAACAUUUUCGGUAUGGUUGGGUGUGUCUGUUGUUUUUUAUGUCCUUGCCUUGGCUGCCCAUUCUUGACCGUUGCUCUGCUUCAAAAAUCAACUGAUUUUCAAUUUGAUGACAACAAGAGAGAAUUAAUUGUGCACAAUUAUGGUAGUUUACUCAAUUCAUGCUGUUCCUCUACAAUGGAAUACUCAUACGAUUCGAUUGCGGAUAUUCAAGUUGAAGUUGAUCCUACUUCGACUGUUAAUGGUGAAAAUGGAUGUCACAUUAUUCUAGAGUCCAACGACGGCUCCGGAGCACAUACACUCAAUCGUGGAUUUAUUGCCAUUUCCAAAGGUAACAGAAUUGCUCAAUCCAUCAAGAACAAAAUUGGUGAACAACAAGAACACUAA